AUGUACGCUGCUGAGCGAUAUGCUGAUGCAAAAUUGAGGGCAGACACUGAGAACAUCAUUGGAAGCACAUUCCAUCUACAGAUGAAUUUGCUUCGAUCCUACAUAGCGAUGUUGGAGCGAGUAGUGAGCGACUGCGGCAUGUCACAACAAUCCGCUCUGGUUGCACCAUGCGAAGCCGAGUUAAUGGCACAGUCACCAGGCGCCUGUGGUGCGAGAUCAUCAUCGGAGCCAGCUACACCGCAAAAUGAUUCUGGGUUUUGUUCUGGAGUGAGCUCACCAGAAUCAUGCGGUAAGAAAGAUCUCGAGUGUUCACCGCCAAAAAUGGCAAGAAUUGACUGA